GCAAACGUAUGGUAGGAGUAAAUCAGUAAAUUAAUAAACAAAAUUUACACAGACAACAUUCCCCUAAACUCUCUCUCCCUCCAAGAAAACUGCUGAAUUCCAUGUAGAGAGAAAAAUGGUGAGAGGAGAGUGGGGUGUGAGUGGGAGGUGGUCUUACAAAAGGGCCACUCUCAUAGUCUGUUGCAUCAACGUUUUAGUUGCUUUCCAUGUCAUUCGCUCUCUCUAUUCUUCUCUCUACACCUACCCUCUUGCUGACUCUCACACCACGGCUAAGUACACCUUAGAUCAGAUAAGGAGAAUGGAAGAGUCGAAUCGAAUGCGAAGGGCAGCACGACCUACUGAGCUUAUUGAGCUGGUGAUGCAGCUCGAAGAAAAGAUUACGAGGGAAGAAAGGGUGGAGCUGCCAAAGCACUUGAGGCAACGGCUAGUAGAUGAGAUCCAUAGUAGGUUAAGAAGCUCGGAUGCUGCUGGUAAUGCAACACGCCAAAAUGAAGCAGUUAGAACCUGGCAUCACGAAAAGCUAGAAGAAGCACAAAGAAUUAGUGGUGGGGAAACAAUAAAUUCGACAACCUUGCAAGAGGAAGCUGAUAUUCUUGUAAGAGCAUUGAGUUCUGGUUGGGUUGAGUUUACGGAGGGGAUUGGUCUCUGGAUCCCGAUUUCAGUAACGAACACGGAACACGACGACAAGCCUGAUGGAGAAGGCGAAUUUGAUAAAGAGAUGUUGCCAGGGAGACAGCUACCUCCCGAAUGCCACGCUGAACUUCACACCGACUAUGGUGGUGCUGCCGUGAGAUGGGGCCUCACCCACCAUAAGGAGUCCGCCUAUGACUGUUGUAUGGCGUGUUUGGAUGACGCAAAACGAGCCAAACCCGGGCAGAGGAAAUGGAACAUAUGGGUUUAUUGCCCGUCCGAGACUGGAUGCUUCUCUCCCGAUGUCUAUAACCACAAAUAUCGAGAAUGCUGGCUCAAAUAUUCGGAGACACCGCAGUCGAACUUCAAGGACCAGUAUUCUGAGGCUUAUCGAGAUGCGCACCCACGAGCACCGCUGGUUGUGCCGUGGGUGUCGGGAGUGGUCGGCUGAUGGUUUCGCGGUCGCCUCUCGUUUUGGACCGUGGAAGCACGAGAAAUGGUAGGUGGACUGGUGCUCAAAUUGGGAAGGUGAGUUGAGAAAUGGUGAAUGGAUGUGUAGUGAUAGUUAUGCUCUGAUAUCAUUCAGACCAGAAGUUGGCACUGAUCAAGCCUAUGACCCAUUUCAACACAACACAUAAGUAUUAAGAUAAUGUAUUUGGCAAAAAAAAAGUAGUAAUUAAAUCAUAGUAUUUAAUGUGUCAUUAUUGGAUAUUUUAAAGUUGUUGAAAUGAAAUGUUUGUAUAUGACAACUUACAAGUACUAUAUAUACCUUAUGG